AUGAGCCCGGAUGCUGCGGGAGGAGUCAUCGCUACAAGGGCCUUGGGUACCGACCAGCCAACAAGCCUCAGCGGAGCCCUUCAAGCCCUUGUCCAGCUUGUCUCCAUGCUUCGCUGGGCAUCCAUCCAUGUGGAUGACACCAGGGUCGCCUGGAGAUUGCACUGGAGCCAGCGCCUAAGCCUGUUUAGCCCUUCUCUGACGCUCAGACGGAGCUCUUUUGUCUUUACCAAGCCAAUCAUUCACAAAGAUGCAGUCAAGUUGCUGACAGAGCGCGUCCGACAGACACCGCGGAGGUACGGGGUUUACGGCUUCCCGAAUCCAGGCGUAUUACCGUAA